GGGGCCGGGGGCCGGGGGCCGGGGGCGGGCGCCGAGGCUUCGGGGCGCGCUGGAGCUGAGAACGGGCCCCAGGAGCGCGGCCGCAGCCACGUCACGCCCCAGGUCACGCUGCAAACGGCAGCUGUAGAGAUUUCGCUCUAACAACGGGUUACCUGGAUUUUGUCGCCAUCGAGCCCUGGAGGAUCUUCUGCUGCGAGGAAGCGCCAGCAACUUUGACACACAAGGCCUGGAAAGAGAAGACCUUUAGGUUGUGGAGGGGGUCUUGUCCAGCUCAGGUUCCCUUUAACCCCUGGCAGACCUGGGGUGGACGUGCCCCCCCCUCCUGCAGACACAUGGCGCAUCGGCUACAGUUACGACUGCUGACAUGGGACGUGAAGGAUACGCUGCUCAGGCUCCGCCACCCCGUGGGAGAGGAAUAUGCCUCCAAGGCCCGGGCCCACGGGCUGGAGGUGGAGGCCGCCUCCCUGGGACAAGCCUUCAGGCAGGCGUACAGGGCUCAGAGCCUCAGCUUCCCCAACUAUGGCCUGAGCCAAGGCCUCACCUCCCGCCGGUGGUGGGUGGAUGUGGUCUUACAGACCUUCUACCUAGCAGGUGUUCGAGAUGCCCAGGCUGUGACCCCCAUCGCUGACCAGCUGUACGAGGACUUCAGCAAGCCCUUCACCUGGCAGGUGUUGGAGGGGGCUGAGGCCACCCUGAGGGAGUGCCGAAAACGAGGUCUGAAGCUGGCAGUGGUCUCCAACUUUGACCGGCGUCUAGAGGACAUCCUGAUGGGUCUUGGCCUGAGGGAAUACUUUGACUUUGUGCUGACCUCUGAGGCUUUCGGUUGGCCCAAGCCCGACCCCCGAAUUUUCCAUGAGGCUUUGCGGCUUGCUCAGGUGGAACCGGCAAUGGCAGCCCAUAUUGGGGACAGUUAUCCCUGUGAUUAUAAGGGGGCGCGGGCUGUAGGUAUGCACAGCUUCCUGGUGGUCGGCCCAGAGCCUUUGGAAGCUGCCAUCAAAGAUUCUGUGUCUCAAGAAUGCCUCCUCCCCUCACUGUCCCAUCUCCUGCCUGCCCUUGACCACCUGGAAGUCUCACCCCCGUAACUUUGAAUCUGAUGAGGGAAGUGGCUGGGCCCAGCAAACGCUGCAGAGAGCCCCUUCUUUCCUGAGAUCUGGCCUUUGCCCCUCUCCCUGCAGCGUCCAAAGGCACUGUGACUAUAAAGCAGUGAAAACAGGGCUUUUAGCCCUGCUCCAACCUGCUUCUGGUUGCUGAAGUUGUUCACACCUGUGUCUCUUUCCCACCUCCCUCACCUACAAGAUUCACCGAGGGCCCAACUAGCUUCAAAACCGGGCACUGUCGGGGCACCUGGGUGGCUCGUUUGGUUAAGGACCAACACUUGAUUUUGGCUCAAGUCAUGAUCUCACGGUCGGUGAGUUAGAGCCCCACCUUGGGCUCUGCACUGUCACUGCGGAGCCUGCUUCGGAUUCUCUUUGCCCCUCCUGUGCUCGUUCUCUCUCAAAAUAAGUAAAAUAAACUUUUUAAAAAAUUAUGAAAACAAAACAAAACCAGGCACUGUCAAACUUUGUAUUAGCAGCAGGGCCCUUUUGUUACUGGAGAUCUUACUGGAACCCCAAUAUGCAAAACAGGAAAAGUGAGAAACUGCUAGAGCCAAAGCAGGUCCUAGAGCCCCUCAGUCGGGCCCUUGAAGCCUCAACUCCCUAGAAGUGGAAGUUCAGAGGAGCUUAGUUUGGAAAUUGGGGUGCUAAGCUCUGCUGUAGGGACAUGCCCUCUAGGACAUGCCUCUAGUGUUUGCAGGAUUUUAGACAGGGAGCACCAUAAUUAGUCAUGAGAAGAAACUUCAUUUCCGCUUGCCACGUGUUAGUCCUUUAUAUGCAUAUAGAACCCUCAGUAAAUAAAACACCCUCAAAGCUA